AUGGCAGACACAUCGCUCAUCGAAGUGGCGAGGCAGACGCACGAGGAGGCAGAACGCUACCAGCACGCGCUCGUCGACCUGCUGAUCUCCUCGGCCACGUCGUCGUCGACGCUCACACACAAGGACAGGCUCAAGCGCGCACACAAGGCGUCCGACCUGCUCGACCGCGUCGCAUCGCGCUACCAGUACCUCGACCGCUUCUACGCCGACGAGCAUGGUGAUCGGCAGCGCGAACUCGAUGCGCUUUCCUCCACGCGCACCACCACGAAAACAGACGGCGACGACGACGGGUUGGGCGAGUUCUACGAGCGACUGGGUCGGGUUCGCGACUACCACGAGAGGUACCCGGGCGCGCUGCCCGACACGUUCUCGGUGGAGUUUAACGCGCUCGAAGCGGAUGGAUCGUCGCAUGCCGACGCAGGUUCAUCGCAAGCUGCAGCAGCGGCAGGAUACGCAGACGACUUUGUGGACCGCAUGUUUUCGGGCGAGGAGAUGGCGGGACGAUUCCUGGACCUGUACGUCCACCACGAGGCGUACCUCAACCUCAAGGGGGCCAAGCGGCUGAGCUACUUGAGCUACAUUGACGAUGUCGGCAAGCUCGCCGGGCCGAGCUCGCCCAUCCCCAACCACGCCAAGAAGACGGACGCGUACCGCAGCUAUCUCACGGAGCUCAGGAGGUAUUUCGAUGGGUUCCUGCGCAAGACGCAGCCGCUGGCGAACGUGGACAAGAUCUCUACAAAGGCGGUGGACUCGUUCGAAGAGGCAUGGGAAAGGGGUGCGGUGGAGGGAUGGGAGCAGCAGGGGGCCGAGGUGUUUGGCGCCGCGGGCGCGGGCAAGGCGAACGUGGCCGAUGGGACGGGGUUGGUGCAGGGCGAGAUGGGGGAGCAGGGGAUCUGGUGUGUAGCAUGCCGGAGGUUUUAUGCCAAGCAGACGGUGUACGAUGCGCAUCUGCGGGCACCCAAGCAUCUCAAGGCGGCAGCGCGACAGCAGUCUGCAGGCGACGGCGCAGCUGCACCUGGUGGUGGUGAGGCGCACAGCGAGGCGGAGAAGAUCAAGGCGCGAGUGCGUGCCAAAGCGCUGGCACGCGACGAAUGCAUCAUCACCGCACUCGCGCACGAGCUCACCUCCAUCCGUGCCGAUACCAAAUCCAACGUCGAACGCAAAGCAGCCUUGACGGAUCGGGAACGACAAGCCGAGGCCGAGGCUGCCGAGGAAGAGCUGAACCGCAUGACGUCUCUCAACCCUACCUCUGGUCUCGAUGGAGAUGUGGACGAAGCGACGGGGAUGGAUGACGAGGAUGGAUUGGGCCGGGUGUAUAAUCCGCUCAAGUUGCCGUUGGGCUGGGAUGGACGACCGAUUCCGUUCUGGCUGUACAAGCUGCACGGUCUGCGCAACGAGUUCAAAUGCGAGAUCUGUUCGGAUCACGUCUAUCAUGGACGCAAGGCGUUCGAGAAGCACUUUACCGAAUCGCGCCAUGCGUUUGGAAUGCGUGCACUCGGCUUGCCCAACACGGUGCAGUUUCGCGAUGUGACGAGCAUCGCUGAUGCGCUGGCGUUGGCAGAGAAGCUGCGCAGACAGGGUAAGGUCGAUCAGGCAAAUGCGGGUGUUGAUGGACAGGAGGUCGAGGAUGAACAUGGCAAUUCGUAUACCAAAAAGACCUACGACCUGCUCAAGCGACAAGGCCUCAUCUAA